AUAAAAGCAAGUUUGUCAUUAUGGACGAAGCGAAAGUCAAUGUGGAUACAAAGUCCGACCAGAUCAUGCAAAAAGUGCUCCCCCGUGAUUUCAAGGACUGCACCAUGUUGACCAUUGGGCACUGUCAUGGACAGCGGCCGCAUCCUGGUGAUGGACCACGGCCAGAUGGCAGAGUUUGACACGCCU